UUAUGCGACGGGCAAAGUUUCACCCUCACCGGCUGUAAAGCGGCUCCAGCCUGGCCGGUUCUUUUCGCCCGACGCCGGGCUGACUGCUGGAGGAAUAACGUGUUAAAUAAGUUACAAGCAUGUGGAUAUGCGAAAAAAGUAGUCGUCAAAAGCAAAGGAAAGGGGAUGGUUAAAGACGAGCUGAAAGGACCAGAGGUGUGCAAAGAUCCAGUCCGACUGACUUCUUAUGCAGUGGGGACCAACAUUUACAAACAGGGAGAAGACACCAAACUCAAACCCGUGGAGGAAUAUCCAGAGUGGCUCUUUCAGUUGAACCUGGAUUCGGCGUACAAGCUUCACGAGCUGGAAGAGGAAAGCUGGGCGUACUGGAAGCGUCUCCGAAAGGAAAGCAUUUGGCGUCACAACAAAUUGCAUAAAGGAAAGAAGUUCUAGAAUCUAGACCGAACCGGACUGAAAUCUACCUGGUUGUUUAUAGCAAGUCUCACGUCAAGUCUCGCAUUUAAUAACUAAUGUACAUGUGUUCAUAUUUGGUUUUCUAAUGUCCAUCCCCCCUCAUUAAAAAAAAAAAGAAAAUU